UGCAAGAUGCGCAGGACAACAACGUGGGACAUUUCGCUUGCAUCAAGAAUCUGUCCCGCUUGGUGAGCUCCCAAAUAAAUAAGAAGAAUGGGCAAAAAUACAUUUGUGAGUGAUGUUGCACUACUUCUACACUAAUGAGAAGUUGGAGGCCCACUCCGUGGAUUGCCAACGGAUGAACGAUUGUGCCAUCGUCUUACCCAACGAAGAGGACAAGUGGCUGCAAUUUACGCACUACAACCGGAAGGAGCGAAUGCCGUUCAUCGUGUACACCGAUCUGGAGUGCAUCCUGCAGAAGACGGAGGAGGACGACCCGAAGCUGUACCAGCGUCACCAGGUAUUCAGCAUCGGGUAUUACGUGCGGUGCUCCUACGACGACUCGCUAUCCGGGUACCGAUCCCAUCGCGAUACCGAUUGUAUAUCAUGGUUCGUCGAAGAAUUAAGAAGUAUAGCGUAUCGCAUGAAAGCGAGUUUGUCGAGAAAUGUCCCCAUGGUAGAAUUAACUCGAGACGAGCGCGAAAAAUUUGAUAGCGCGACGCAGUGUCAUAUCUGCAAGAAACCCUUCGCGCCGGACGACACGCGGGUUCGUGAUCAUUGCCACCUGACCGGUCGGUACAGAGGUCCCGCGCACGCGAAUUGUAACCUAAAUUACAGAGAUUCGCAUACUAUUCCGAUAGUGUUCCAUAAUUUAUCCGGCUACGACGCGCAUUUCAUUGUCAAAGAACUGGCUAGCAAUUUCAAGGGCAACGUCGAUGUAUUGCCGAUUAAUAAAGAAAAGUACAUUUCGUUCACGAAACACGUUUACGGGUUCGAUGACAAUAAAACACCAUGGCAUAACCACAUGCAAUUGCGGUUCAUCGAUUCAUUUAAAUUCUUAAGCAGUAGUCUCGAUAAACUGUCAUCUUAUUUAAAUCAAGAGACACGGUAGUGUCUCGCGCCAAGUAUAUGCGCAGCGAGACCGACCGUGUACUGUUACACGAAG